GACGCCGAUAAGCAGCAUGAUGGGCAUUGGGCUGUUUGACGGACUGCCGCUCAGUUGCGCAGCCUUCUGCUAUUUAUUCCGUGUGCAACAUGACUUGUUUCGCACUGUUCUCGUCUCUGCGCUCGCUCCUCAGCAAUGCGCUGGCUGGCACAACCUGUACUCCUCACAGGCAUCCUUGCCAUAGCUGGGAUUCUAGCCAAUGCUUCCCAGACCUACCUCUCGUCACAAGCAGAUAACAGGCCCGGGAUCAUAAAGGGAAACCGGUUGUGGAACGAGAAGUUGGGAAAGUAUGCUUCCAGUAAUCUCGUCUUCCAGUCCCUCGCGUCUCUCAUGCAGUUGAAACCGAACUCGAAAUAUCCCAAUGGUCAUUCGAUUGUACGCGCCGGUAUCCCCGCUGGGACACUGCUAUAUCAUGGAUCUAUGACCACAAACUAUCGCUCGAGGGAUUGGAUGGCUUUUGACCCCGAGCAUGCCUUCAUUUUUGCUUUAGGAUCGAACGGCACUCUUUUCACAUUCACGACCACGCGAGAAUUGCACUUCAUCUACUUCGACGGAUGCAGUGCCAAUAAGGACGGCGGUGUUGUUGACACACAGGAUAUAUUCUUCUGGGGUGAUCUCCGACGCACCGGUAAUUCGAUACUUGACGAAAUUGCACGCAUUAACGAUGGCUGCGAAUGGGCGAAGUCGCAUGGCAUUGACGGUUUCAUCAGGAUGGAAUGGGACUUCGAGAUUAUGUAUUGCGACUUCUCACAAGGUGUCGAGGUCGUCUCCGCCGUCCGGACGAACAACGGGGUACCUGAUCAGCGUCAGGUCCAUGACCUCGUGCUCCCUGCGACCACCUCUACGACCGAACAGUUGGGUGGUCUACGCUCUUCAAAUGCAUUGUAUCAUGGCCUGGGGCGAGACGACUUUCUCAUGAGCAAACCUCCGAGAAACCCAGUCAAUCGCACCACGCUCAUUCCGCCAAAAGGCUGGAAAGGUACCCUCCCUUUCACGUUCCUCGAGUCGCGCCAUGCCGGUGCAUGGCACAACGACUUCCCCGGCGAGCUUCGUGUCCGUGUCUAUCCCUCCACUAUCAUCUCGUUCUUCGACCCCGCUCUCACGUCCCUCGUCGAAGCCCGUCGCUCUCAAAAGCGAGAGGACUAUCGCGUGGGCAACAUCUCCGAACCGGACAUCGCGCGCGUCCGCGCAGACAUUGCCGAGAUGAUGUCGCGGGACUGGAGCCCAGGAGCGCGUGGCGACGUGGACUGGGUGGGCCUCGCGCACGUCGUGCAAGAUCGCUUUGCGUACCGCCUUCCGUAUAUGCACUACCUGUUGCAUAGUCCAGCGACGAACGUCUCUGAGCGUCUGCAGGUCGUGCGCAAGCAGCUCGUCGCGUCGCUGAUCCCAUACAUGCCUCGACACGACCACAUCGGCACGAACGUGUGGUUCGCGGAUACCGCGCGCGGCUGCGCGGAGAGCUUCACGAAGGCGCUGCCUGUCGAGCGACUGACGAAGCAGGAGAUUUUACUGAAGAAUGCCGUCGACGAGGUACUUCACGAGAUUUGCAGGGUAUAUACGGAGGCAUGGGUGGACGCAUUUGACGCAGAGGGCAAGAGCGAGGAAGUGCUGACAGGAUUUAUGCACGAGUGGAGCGGCCAGUUCGACGAACUCAUGGAAUGGUUAGAUUGGCCUGUUUGGACUAAAUGCGACCCUGCGUGCGGACCUGAUGAAUAUUGUCUUCUUCCGCAACUGAAAUGGUGGUGGUGGUUCGGCGCUGAGCCAACGUGCGUCUCAAUGGACGAUGAGACCUAUUCCCCACAAUCUGUAUGACGAGCAGAAAAACUGCGCAACGUAGUACUGUUCUGAGUAGAGCGAGAACUCCAGCAAGGCUGCGGAGGUGUACAAUAUCACCAGUAGAUGUAAAUAUAUUAUGAAGGCCGACGCGGCGAAUCGACGUA